AUGCCCUGGGACCUCAUCCAGCUCAACUCUGGCUAUACCAUCCCCAGCAUUGCAUUCGGCACAUGGACCCUCGGCAACGGUCAGGGGCCCAUCGACCAGGUCGAGCAAGCGCUCGCGAACGGAUACGACCAUAUCGACACAGCGCAGAGCUACCGCAACGAAGCCGAGGUCGGCACCGCGCUGCACGAGGACGGGAGCGCCCGCGGGGACCUGUUCAUUACUACGAAGUACUCUGGAACGAAUGGGCUGGAUAUCGCGACGUCGAUCCAGAAUAGCCUGGAUAAUGUAACCUGUCCUUUGAUUUCCUUCUACUUUCUUCUUUCCUUUCUUUCUUCGCAAUGCAAGCUCACGAUACGAUCGUGGCACAUACAGCUCGGCACGUCCUACGUCGACCUCUACCUCAUCCACUCCCCGCGCCUCGCCGUGCCCGACAUCCCGACGGCGUGGCGCGAGAUGGAGGACGUGCAUGUGCGGGGACAGGCACGGAGCAUCGGCGUGAGCAACUUCAAUGUCGGACAGCUCGAGACGCUCGUCGCGAGCGCGAAGAUCGUGCCUGCCGUGAACCAGAUCUUACUGCACCCAUACGUCUACCAGCAGCAGCUCCCCAUCCUCGAGUACGCCGCCCAGCACGGUAUCAUCAUCGAGGCGUACUCCGCGCUCAUCCCAGUAACCAAACGCCCCGGCGGACCGCUGGACGCGCCCCUCCGCGAGCUCUCCACGAAGUUCGGCGCAACACCGGACCAGAUCCUGCUCGCGUGGGUGAAGGCCAAGGGCGCUGUCGCCGUGACAACCUCUUCGAAGAAAGCCCGCCUCCAGGGAUACCUCGCCGCCGGCGACAUCGCGCUUUCUCAAGACGACGUCGCCGCUAUCGACAAGGCCGGGGCGAUCGGCGAGCAGCGCGACAAGGCCAAGGGGACGCUGCACAAGCUCGCACUCGGUGCGCUGGUUGGCGCGAGCGUGUUUGGGCUGUGCAGCUACUUCAAUGUUCGGAUUUUCUAA